AUGUCUGCUGAGGAGGAUCUCAUCGACUACUCCGACGACGAGCUCAACCAAGAGACCACCGCUCCCGCUUCCAACGGCAAGAAGGCGGAUGCCGCUGCUGCCCAAAAUGUCGACAAGAAGGGUUCCUAUGUCGGUAUUCACUCGACUGGUUUCCGCGACUUUCUGUUGAAGCCUGAACUUCUCCGUGCGAUUGCCGAUUGCGGUUUCGAACAUCCCUCGGAGGUUCAACAGACCACCAUUCCCCAGGCUAUGCUUGGUGGUGACAUCAUCUGCCAGGCCAAGUCCGGUCUCGGUAAGACUGCCGUCUUCGUCCUCACGACCCUCCAGCAGGUCGAGCCUGUUGCCGGCGAGUGCUCCGUGUUGGUUAUGUGCCACACCCGUGAGCUGGCCUUCCAGAUUCGCAACGAGUACAACCGCUUCAGCAAGUACAUGCCCGACAUCAAGACCGGCGUCUUCUACGGUGGUACUCCUAUCCAGAAGGAUGCCGAGAUACUCAAGAACAAGGAUACCCACCCCCACAUCAUUGUCGGCACACCUGGCCGCUUGAACGCCCUUGUCCGCGACAAGCACCUCCGUCUUGGCAGUGUCAGAAUGUUCGUCCUCGAUGAGUGCGACAAGAUGCUUGAUCAGAUUGACAUGCGCCGUGACGUGCAGGAGAUCUUCCGUGCUACUCCUCAGCAGAAGCAGGUGAUGAUGUUUUCGGCCACUUUGUCCGACGAGAUCAAGCCCAUUUGCCGGAAGUUCAUGCAGAACCCCACCGAGCACUACGUCGAUGAGGACACCAAGUUGACGCUCCACGGCUUGCAGCAGUACUAUCUUGCCCUUGAAGAGAGGGAGAAGAACCGUAAGCUGAACGAGCUCCUGGACGACCUCCAGUUCAACCAGGUCAUCAUCUUCGUCAAAAGCACCCUGCGCGCUACCGAGCUGGAUAAGCUCCUCCGCGAGUGCAACUUCCCUUCGAUUGCCGUCCACUCCGGUGUCAGCCAAGAGGAGCGUAUCAAGAGAUACAAAGAGUUCAAGGAGUUCAACAAGCGUAUCUGCGUGGCCACCGACGUUUUCGGCCGUGGUAUCGAUAUCGAGCGGAUCAACCUCGCUAUCAACUACGACAUGCCCGCUGAUGCCGAUUCCUACCUCCACCGUGUCGGUCGUGCUGGACGUUUCGGUACCAAGGGUCUCGCCAUCUCCUUCGUGACCACCGAGCAGGACAAGGAGGUCCUCCAAGCCAUUGAGAAACGCUUCGAGGUCGCUCUUCCUGAGUUCCCCAAGGAGGGUAUUGAUGCCUCCACCUACAUGGCCUCUUAG